AUGUACAGCUCUAAGCUCAACGCUCCUUGCUCUGAGAACGAAAUAGGUCAUUAUAACGUCUACGGGCGAGAAAACGAGCAGACAGGUGAGAACUUGCUCGUCUGCGCGGAUGACAUCGGAACUUGUAAACGACAGAGAUGCGAGUGCGAUCUCUCCUUGGCGGAGAAGCUGGCCGGUCUUGAACCUGAGUGGAAUAUCCAAAACCACCGGAAGUGGGGCCAGCCGCCAUUCAACUGGGAGCGAAGAUGUCUCAAACAUUCAGGCACCACGAACCGUAACCGAUUCCGGAAGCGAAAACACAUCACAAAUAUCAUUUUCUUUAGAAAUCGAGCGACUGCGCGGGGCCGCGCCUAG